CUUCCUCCUCCUCCUCGUCUCCUCCUCCUUCUCCUCCGUGCCCCGCCGGACGGUGUCAGAGCGGCGGAGUCAGCCGCCAGCGCUGCCGUAGGAGCCCCUCAGCCACCGCCGGGGCCCGGGGGAGCUGCCGGCGCUGCCGCUGGCCAUGGUAGCCCGCCUGCCGCCGGGGGGGCAGGAGCAGGCGCGGCGGCGGCGGCCGCCAUUGCGCGCGGGGGCCGCGGGACUAUGAAGGAUGGAAGCGGACGAGGUGUCGAUCCGCGAGCAGAACUUCCACAGCCAAGUGCGGGAGUACACGAUCUGCUUUCUCCUAUUUGCUGUUCUCUUCAUAGUUUCCUACUUCAUCAUCACAAGAUACAAAAGGAAAGCAGAUGAGCAAGAGGAUGAAGAUGCUGUGGUUAACAGAAUAUCGCUGUUCUUGAGCACCUUCACUCUAGCAGUUUCAGCUGGUGCAGUCCUGCUUCUACCUUUCUCAAUAAUCAGCAAUGAGAUCCUGCUUUCUUUUCCACAAAGCUACUAUAUUCAGUGGUUAAAUGGCUCACUAAUUCAUGGUUUAUGGAAUCUUGUUUCUCUUUUUUCAAAUUUAUGUUUGUUUGCGUUGAUGCCCUUUGCCUUUUUCUUCCUGGAAUCUGAAGGAUUUGCUGGCUUAAAAAAGGGCAUCAGAGCACGCAUUUUGGAAACCCUUGUAAUGCUUAUUCUUCUUGCACUGCUUAUCCUUGGAAUUGUAUGGGUGGCUUCAGCACUCAUAGACAACGAUGCUGCCAGUAUGGAGUCUUUGUAUGACCUCUGGGAAUUCUACCUCCCCUAUUUAUAUUCCUGUAUAUCUCUGAUGGGAUGCCUGUUACUUCUGUUAUGCACGCCAGUGGGACUUUCACGAAUGUUUACAGUAAUGGGUCAGUUGCUGGUGAAGCCAACAAUCCUUGAAGACCUAGAUGAGCAGAUGUAUAUCAUCACUUUAGAGGAAGAAACAAUUCAGAGGAAGCUUAAUGGUGUAUCCUCUACUGUGGAGUACCAGACAGCAGAGUUGGAACGGGAGCUUGAAAAAGUGAAAAGCAAGAAAACAAAUCUAGAACGGCGGAAAAAAGCUUCUGCUUGGGAGAGGAAUUUGGUCUAUCCAGCUGUUAUGAUAUUGCUGCUGACUGAAACAUCCAUCUCAGUCUUCUUAGUUGCCCUCAACAUCCUUUACCUGUUGGUUGAUGAGACUGCAAUGCCAAAAGGAUCCGGGGGGCCUGGAAUUGGAAAUGCCUCCUUGUCCACUUUUGGUUUUGUGGGAGCAGCACUUGAAAUCAUUUUGAUUUUCUAUCUUAUGGUGUCCUCUGUCGUCGGCUUCUACAGUCUUCCUUUUUUCGAAAAUUUCACUCCCAGGAAGGAUGACACAACUAUGACAAAGAUCAUUGGAAACUGUGUCUCUAUCUUGGUGUUGAGCUCUGCUUUGCCAGUGAUGUCAAGGACUCUGGGAAUCACCAGAUUUGAUCUGCUUGGAGAUUUUGGAAGGUUUAACUGGCUGGGAAACUUCUAUAUUGUAUUAUCUUACAACUUGCUCUUUGCUAUUGUGACAACAUUGUGUCUGGUGAGAAAGUUCACUUCUGCUGUGCGAGAAGAGCUCCUGAAGGCAUUAGGAUUAGAUAAACUUCAUCUGUCAAACAAUCCAAGAGACUCGGAGACAAAGCUGUCUGCAAAUGGGCAUCAGAAAACACUGUGAUUAACAAUCACCUGCAAUCAACAGAGCUGAAAACAUCAACCUCAUGGCAUUCCUGUCAUCUCAUCAGCAUUUUUCUAUGGAUUUUAUUUGUUGAUAAUUUGGGUCCAACCUUGUCUCUUUGAUUCUGUGUGCUUCUGAGGAAGUUAAGUAUAUCAGAUUCUUCUCUUUCCAGUGAACUUUUGGUCUGCUUGUUUAUUCCCAGUAAGUUAAUGAAGGAGGUGCCUUGAAGACUGGAAGCUGAAGAGAAGAAUGCAUUCCUUUUUAUUUGUUUGACAGUCUCAUAUCUUUAGAUACGAACAUGCUACCAUUUGAAUGCACAGUACCUCCUGUGUUGUACAGACACAGCUGUAAAGAGUAACUCUGGGACUUAGUUAAAAAAAAAAAAAAAAGAAAAAAAAAAAUGAUACACUUGAAGCCCAAUAUGACCCUUCCUGGAAAUGUAAACUACCUGGAGUAGGUAUCCUUGGCAGUAGAUAAAAAGUUCCACAAAGAACGUGUUAAAAAAUUACAGUAACUGGUAGAUAUCACAGUUCUUUCAUGCUGGAUACAGGAGGCUGUUCAUAGUCCUGAAGCUUUCUCAGAAAAUCCAGCUGUUUCAGCUUCCUAUUCUGACCUAUAAAUGCCAGGUUGCUUUAACAACCUGGUAGUCAGACAAUGUCUUAUCAAAUAGAGUGAAGUACAAGAUGAAGAUUAACUUUAGUGUUAAAUCUGAGCCUAGUAUGCUUUAUAAAAAGCUGUGUAGACCCCUACCACAGCUCUUAGUUCUGUAAGCUGUUGUGUCAUGGAGGUCACUUACCCUACCAAAUACGUCCCUGUAAAAUUCUUUAUGAACUACUGUGUAUAAGCAGUACUUGUAAUUAUUGCAAGUAGCACAGGCCUAGGAGGCUGCAAUUGCAGUUUUUUUACAAUCUUCAUUAAUCUGAAGUAAAUUAUUUCUCUGAAUUUAUACUCUAGUUACUAGGAUUUCUGUUCAGUGGCAUAUUCCAGUAUCUUUCACUAGGCUGUUUUUUAAUGAACACAGGAAGAUGUAUAUAGGCCUCUACGUGUAGAUACUGUAAACUUAAAUUCUAAGCUUAUAGAGAUGAUAUAGGUGGCUUGGUAAGUAAAACUUGUGUGUUCAGUCUUGGUAUGAUUUUCUGUGGUGUUACAGUUUAACUGCUCAGAGGCCUUAGAUUCGGAGCGGCAUCGGUGGGUGGUAAUGUCCUUUUUCUUAGCAUUACUGUGGCCUUAGGAAUCCUUUAAGCAGUUUAUAGAAAAGAGAAAAUACCCACCAAUGAAACCCAAGUAAGUACUGAAAUUCUGGUUGCACUUUUUUUGUCCUGCUCUGCCACAAGUAAUCUUCAAACAGAUUGGAAUGGGGACACCUUCAGCGUGUGCCCAUUAGGUAGCAAGUCAGAUAAUGUUUCUGUUGCUGUAAAACAAGUGUGUCUGUAGUUUGAUCAAAUGGUGACAACUAGCUCUUCAGUGUGGUUCAAAAAUAAGAUAAACCUUGUGUCAGAAGCUGUUCUCCUGAGAUGACUACUCUGUAGACCUUAUUGCUGUGUGUGUGUGAAUGUGAGCUGCUUCCCCCCUGCCUCCCCUGGAGUGCUUCAAAUUCAAGCUCCAGUAUGCACAAGGAUUUAUCAGUUAUUUUUUUGCAGGCUGCCUUUUCUGGCUUGAACUGAGGUAUAAUGUAAAUACUGCUGUAGUAAAUAUGAUGCUAGAGAGUUACUUGAGGUAUUUUUGUGUGACUAGUAUAAAUUCAAGGCUCAUUAAACUGGCUAUUGGUGUGUUGUACUGAGUAUUGGAAGACAAAGUAAAAUUGCUUGAUUUCAUUAAGGUUUACAAGGUUCUUUUCUGUUGUUUGAGUUUCAUGUUGACACUUUAGUGAGAAAUCUUUGAGUCAAAGUUCUGCAACAAAGAACAGGGAGCUGCAGUUAUAAGUUGUUUUAAAAUCUAUUUACAAUACUAGAAAUUUAUUAUUAGGGGUGUCAUUCAGGUAUUUUGAGAACUUGUAGCCUUAUGUAUUAGUAUUAUAGUUAGAAAUAACUGAAAUGCAUCCACUUGUCCAUACAAGUGACUGUGUGACCAAAAUUGUCCUCAUGUCUUAAUGGGGCUGGUGAUUUUUGGUGUAUGAGGCUAGAAAGCUUUUCUAAAAUAUUUCUGUUACAACUUUAAGCAGUUAUUUAAAUAUACUUAGUGAAACUGAAUAGAUGAAUUUAAGGAAUAAAUUUAGGGAGUGAGAAUCAGCAUAGGUCUUGCUCUCCAUGCUUUUGGAGAGAUGUUUUUUGUGCCGUCAAUGACCCAAGAACAUUGGAAAAGAUGGGAUUAUAAUGUGUACGUGGUUUCUUAAAGUGAAUCGGACAGCUACUUAAAUUGAGCAGAGACACACAGGUUACAGGCAAGACUUGUAAAACUCUUUCAAAACAAAUGCUAAAGCCUUGCCUGUUCCCACCCCUUGUGCAAAUGUGUGGGUUAAGGCUACAAUUGUAAAGAAUUUUCAUUGAAAUAUGGAGGAUUGUUAAGAUGCUGUGUGGUUUCCAAGAUGGGUGAGAAAUUCAGAACUACCCUGUGCAGUCAUUGGCAGUGUUUUGUUUUAAAAUCAGAUGUUGAUAUUGUGACACUGUCCACAUUAAAGUAUGCCUUUGACCUUGAAAAUGACAUGCUAAUGCAAAACUUCUUUACAGAUACAAUGCUACUUUUGAAUAUACUAUGUGUAACAUGCAGGUCACUAUAUACUUUUCACAGAAGCAUGUGGUCACUUAAAUACAAGCAUUUGGUAAUUCAUUAAUGGAUGUUGACGAUACAUUCCUAGUAUUUUGACUCAUGUAGAGUCUGGUGGUCUAUACCUUCAAGGUAUAUACAGCUGAUCUUAGUAACAUUAACAUCUGCCUCAUUUCUUAUGAGGCAAAAAGCACAUGAAUGCUUCCAUCUUCAACUAGAUACCACGCAAGACCAAAAAGUAGUUGUAAACUAAGUGUUUUAAGUUAGCCAUAUCUUGGCUUUAUUCUGUGUUCCUAGCACAAUAUUAAAUGCAGCGGCCGAACUGUAAUGUGGGAUUUCUAAGCAUAAAGCACACAUACUUAUACUUUAAGCUAAAAAAUAAUAGCAUUGAUUACUGUGGAAGUAUCAGUUUUUGGAUUCAUAGGAGGCUUUGUUUACUGUCUGUAAUGUUAUGUUUAUCUUUGGCCCUGUGCUCCCCCACCUUUUACCCUGUUUACUGUUUUACUGUCAUAGAAAUUAAAGGAUUUCACAAGUUG